AUGGCAAACCCCAGCUCGACCAGCAAGCAAAAUAGCUUGAUCAAAAUGACCAUCGCAGGCCGCAAGAUCCCAGGCUGGGAAGAUUCCAAGUUUCUGGAGGAAUACGUGGGCGUACACGCGGCGAUGACGACCCAAAUCGCGGCCGCCGUCCCCAUUCUUCGGAAGUACACUCAGGUGAUCGCCAUUCCGCACGAGCCUAUCGACAAGCUGCCCAAUGGCGGUCAGCCUCCUUGGGACAUGGCUUCCACACUGGAAUGGACAUCUCUCGAUGACCUGUACCAGUCUUUCCAAGCCCCGGAGUAUAAGGCAUCCGCAGGCAGUCACAAAUUCGCCGAUGAGGCAUCCCAGGUUGGAGUUCUCAGCAAAGCUGUCGAAGAGAUCACGUUCGAUCCGGUUGGGUUUGAGAAGCGAGGAAGCACGGCUACAAUCUUGCAGUUCUUCCUCGCUAGGAAUGGCGUUCAAGCGCUGAGUGAAGAAAGCUUGGCAAGCCGCGUUGCGAAGAUCAAGAAGAUUGGGGCUGGAAGCGGCUUGUUGAAAUACGUGGCUAAUCGUCCCGUAACGCCUUCCGACAUCGUCACGUUCUUCAAAGGCACCCCCUUUGCCGAAACAGAUUGGUCAUCUACUGAGCUGAUGGAGCAGUAUUGGUUCCCAACCCGCGAAGCGGCCGUCGCCUUUGUCAAUGACGAAAGCAAACACAGCACGCUGUUUUCCGAUCUUCCUGUCUCUUUGGCGGCGGAGAAGUCGUUCGGAAUCGUUGGAAAAGAAAACCGCGUGGUUGAGAAAGGAGAAAGUGACUAA